ACAAGACAGUGGAUUACGACAAACAAACAUCUCAAAGAGAAAGAGAAGAAUUUCAUUCUAUAGAAUAUUCAUUUGAUUUGAAAUCCAUUCAGAAUAUGCAGACUUGAGACUCCACCUCAGCUCAGGCCAACAUGACUUGCAAUUGACCACGCGCAACGUUGACUAAAAGUCAUACCCUUGGAAACUGCCAAUUCAUUUGCCAAAACUGUGGUACUUUCGUGACACAGUCUUUUCUGGGGCUAUACGAGUAGCUAUUUAUUUCUGCAUCUAUUCAGGAAUUGGUGUCUUGGUGAUUGUAGUGUUGGUGUCGCCAUCUUUCUUCAAAAAUUGACGGCGUCCUCGCACAACACCACCAAACCUACGCUGAGAUCCAGAGCAGGCAGAGACUCAACGCUACGCAUACAGGAUUGAAACCUCUACAUCUGCCCUGACACCCAUACCCCCAGCAGUGAUUCACCACCAAUCUGGCCACACUUAAUUCCGUUGCAAUCAAAAUCUGAUGUGGCCGACUGCUUGUCGUGGCCCAUAUCCAUAAAUUCCGAUACUUGCCUUCCCCCUCUGGUUGUCCCACCACCGAGCAUCUGAGUCUGAAGCAUCGCCCAACGCCCAACGCCUGCUCUACACCACCAAUCCACCUCCCACCUCCCACCACCAACCAUUCACGAUCUCGUAGCCAUACGACUCCCACCAGGCGAUCUCAUCUCAGAGCUGCACAGGCAGCUCGCAUCACCACGGCGUCUUCUGCAAAGAAACGAAAGCUCUCGCCGCGUCACACAACCUCCCCGCAUCCUGUCCACAAUCACAAUCCAGAUAACCCUCUGAGGUCCGUUGAAGAAUCGCUACCACACCGCGACCCGCCCCAAUUUGAAUCUCCCGCUUCCGAAUCCACGCUCCCUCCCCAUAUUCCUUCACACCUACAGAACUCUUCCACAUUUACUGGUCCAGAGUACAUUUCGUCAGCGGCAAGCUCGCCCAGUGCAGCAUACGCUGGUCUUUCCAUCCACGGUGAAGGCGGCGUGGAUUCGUCAGCUGCGCAACAACGAGCUGCCUCACUUGCCCCAAACGACACGGGGGCCUACAAAAGCCAGUCGCCCAUCAGUACACAUUCUAGAAGGAUAAUGAUGGGCGAAGCUGUAAACGAGACACAGAGGUCCUCCUCGCCUUUGAAGAGACGGGCGUCGGACCUAGAAGAGUCUGAUGUGGUCUUGGACCAGAAAGAAGAUGUGGAAAUGGUCACUGUUCUACCAUCGGAAGAGCUACAAGAUGAGAAGUCCCUGCCAGACAGCUCACAAACACUACCUGCUGGAGCAGACGAAGACAAGUCGCCCAAUGCCUCUGCGGAAGAAGACAAGCCCACUACCCAAACAAUGAAACCUUGUACAGGUACGUACACUUAGUUGUUUGCUCUCUGCGACAUAGCUGAUUUCAAUUUACUACAGAUAUUCCUUCUAUCGACUAUCAGAUCAAGACUGUAAGCACAUUGGCGACGGCAGCUUUGGAGGGACAACCGCAAGAGGGAGACGAGUCUUACUUGGUGUCUAUGCUUUGGCUUAAACGUGUCACCGAUCGAGGCACAGAGGCAAGGCAGCAUAGCAAAGUUGAGCCAGAAGGGGAGAUUGGGCCAGUGGAUAAUUCAGAUAUUAUACAACAACUCAUAACAGAUGCGGAAGGAGUUCAAUUUGCCCAACUCAAACCUGGAAUGAACCGACCAGAACAUUUCGAGAUGCUCCCUAAAGAUGCUUGGGACAUGAUUGUAGAAUGGUAUGGGAUCAUGCCGGGGACGGUCCCGAUCGUGCGUUACGCCCAUAACACGAGCCCGGACAAAUACGGCCUUCCCAACAUGCAGUACGAGUUGAACCCCCCAAUCUUUACAAUACAUAGGUUAUGGGGAGAUCAAACCCCGAUCUUGCUCCCCCAAAAGCUCAAAGCUGAAAGGCCCAAACCUGUUGUUUUAGUCCUGAGCACAUCCACAAGAUAUGUUGAGUUUCUCGAGAAGAUAAAGUUUAGGACGAGCAUAGAAAAUUCGAAAAAGGUCAGAAUUUGGAGAGUGCCCCGGCAACUACCCGCUGCAAAUACCUCGGCGCCUAUUCCAAACGCCGCCACACCACCAUUAUCACGUCCCAGUUCGCCAAAUUCAGAGAACAUUUCAUCUAUUCGGCAACCUCAGGAUUUGUGGACGAAUCUCUUGUUGGACGUGACAUCAUUUUUGCACCUCGAGAAAGGGAGUCAAAGAGAGGUCCUGGAACACGAGGACGUUAGUGCCAACCCAAAAUACAACGGCAAUGUGACCUUGUCGAUUGUAGGCUUAGCAGAAGAUCAGACCAUCGUGAUCGAUGAAGAGGUUGAUGCUAAAUCGAAGACGCAUGUUUCCAAUUUUGUUGCGGGCAAGCACGGCGCUUCUACUGCUCUAUCGCGUAGCGGUGCCUCUCAGAGCGCACCUGUUAGCGGUAGAAGCAGCCCAGCUCAAUUUGGUGUGAUCACGCGAGGCCGGUCAAAGAAUGGUAGAACUCUGGGGACAGUUGGUCUAAGUAACCUUGGGAAUACCUGCUACAUGAAUUCUGCGCUCCAGUGCGUUCGAAGUGUGGAGGAGCUGACCAAGUACUUCUUAACUGGUACUGCAACUUCGGAAUUGAAUGUCGAUAAUCCGCUGGGAAAUAAUGGCGAGGUUGCCAUGGCCUAUUAUCGUCUCUUGCAGGAAUUUUACAAGGACCCAGUACCGACAUCAGUGGCUCCUCGCCAAUUCAAGACCACCAUUGGUAAAUAUGCACCGUCUUUUUCGGGCUAUGGCCAGCAAGACUCUCAGGAGUUUCUCGGUUUCCUUCUCGAUGGUCUACAGGAGGACUUGAGUCGCGUGAGAAAGAAGCCGUACAUCGAAAAGCCAGAUUCGACUGAUGAAAUGAUCGGCAAUCCGCAAGCAACUCGAGAAAUGGCAGAAAAGGUUUGGGACAUUACCAAGAAACGUGAUGACUCUGUCAUUGCAGACCUUUUUACUGGCAUGUAUCAGUCAACUCUCGUUUGCCCCCAGUGCUCGAAAGUGAGCAUCACAUUUGAUCCAUUUAACGCUUUGACCUUGCAAUUGCCCAUCGAAAGCUCCUGGCAAUUCCCCGUCUUCUACUUUCCCUUGAAUGACCCCCCUGUCAUCAUCAAUGUCGACAUCGACAAGCAAGGCACCAUUUUGAAUCUGAAGGAAUUUAUCAGUAAACGAGUCGGCGUACCAGUUGAUAGAUUGUUUGCUGCCGAGGAAUUCAGCAAAAAGUUCUACAAAAUCUAUGAAGAUGGACAAGUGGCCUCGGAAGAGGUUGGAAACAACGACCGUCCCGUGGUCUACGAAUUGGAAGCAAAGGUGACCAAUUGGCCACCAGUACGCAAAGCCAAGAAACAAAAGCAUUUUCAGUCAGUGCUGAGUACUAUGCCUGAUAUGGAAGAUGAGAUACCACAUUGGAGUGAUCCAAUGGCAGAUAGCAUGCUCGUGCCUGUCUUCUAUCGCAAACCAGAUCCUGCACGCAACAACAAAUUCAAUAAAAACAAGUGGAUGGCUACUGAGGCACCGCAUUUCAUUGUAGUCAAUCCUUCAGAGGUAAGUGUUCUGAGCCACCAAAUAUCUCAUCCUGUAAUCUAACCAACGUAGGCUCGAGACAUCGAAGUAAUCAAAAGAAAGAUUCUCGAAAAAAUUGCGACCUUUAGCACAUCUAGCGCAUUCGCCAAUGACGAUGAUGAGGCUGAUGCUAGUGUUUCGGAUGGCGUUGAUCCGGACAUCGUCCUCACUACUGGAUCUGAUGCUGAUUCUUCUGGGGGUAGCAAGGUAGUUGCAACUUCAGUUGAUGGCGAAGAUGAGCUUGUGGACGUUACUAUGAAGGACUCUAUCGUGACCGGAAAAGCUGAUGGUGAAAAAUCUCAGAGCGCCGACCAAGAAUUGUAAGAGUCACGGGCUUGAGAGCAUAACUGUUUUACUGACUGAUUUUAUAGUUUGCCUCUGAAGGCAUUUACCAAACGACGACCAAAGUUCAUGAGUCCGGGAGAAUACCUAAAUCCUCAACUUCAAAACAUGUUUGUACUAAACUACAUCACAUCGCCGAAUACAUUAAUUUGUUCAGGCUUCAAUAACAUCAAAGACGAUAAUUCAUAUCCUACACUAGCUUCCAGAAUUCCGCUAUCACAACAAAAUCCCGUUGACGGCUUAGAUGGAUCUGAUGGAUCAAGUACCCGAGCCAGAUCAGAGAGUAGCAACGAAGACAAUUCUGUUGCAUUCUCUAAUCAAACACGGAUGAACGAAGAGUCUAGCGGCAGCGAAGAUGAACUUGCUGCUGCUCCUGCGCCCGUCGUAUCUAAGGUGAGUUCGAUAUUUCUUUUCACAAUCCGAAAUGCAUUGAUUUUUUCCCCAUCCGAAUCUGCACAGCUUCCUUCUUGAUUGAAGGUAUUCUGACGAAGACUAGGCUCUUCCUGUCCGAUCAAGAGCUGGGGUCAGAGUAGGUCACAGCAAGCGUCGCAAUCGUAAAAUGAAGACUUACUCAAGAAAGGGGAACCAGCAUCGGGCAUCGACAGAUGGCGCCAACGACGAUGACGGAGAAGUUGUGGACGAUGGGCCACUUAUUCGUCUUGGAGAAGGAAUUAUCGUUGAUUGGAAUGAGGAGGCCUGGGCGGCCAUGUACGGUGGCGAUGAUGCCAACGAUACAAUGCGCGGUGUCGAUAGAUACACCAACUUGCCCACACUUCCAGAUCCGCAACUUGAUGCAAAGAAAAAGGCACGCGCACAACGUCGCAAAAAUGGCAUAACCCUGGACGAUUGCCUGAACGAGUUUGGCAAGGAGGAAGUUCUAUCAGAGGCGGAUACUUGGUACUGUCCUCGCUGCAAGGAACAUGUACGAGCAAGCAAAAAGCUAGAGCUCUGGAAGACACCUGACGUCCUUGUCAUACAUCUCAAGAGAUUUAGCUCUAGUGGUACGCGCCGCGAUAAACUCGAUGUUAUGGUCGACUUCCCCAUCGAGGGCCUUGAUAUUUCUUCGCGCGUCUUUGAAAAGGAAGAUGGGAAACGAGAAAUCUACGACCUGAUUGCAGUUGACGAUCAUUGGGGAGGACUUGGAGGUGGUCAUUAUACUGCUUUCGCCAAAAGCUUCAUCGAUGGCGAGUGGUACGAGUAUAACGGUAAGUUCAACUGAUUCUCAGUGUCUCUUCAUCUACUGAUCCUCCUCCAGACUCUUCUGUACAUAAAAUCAACGAUCCAAAUGCAGUGGUUACCGCCGCUGCAUACCUUCUUUUCUAUCGGCGAAGAUCAGAGGUACCGCUAGGGGGAGAAAGAUUUCAAAAGAUCUUUGAUGAUUUCGAAAAUCCACAUGAUCCUAAUGAUGAUGAUGCAAUGGAGUCGGGGGAAGAACAGCGCCUCGUCGGAAAUACCUUUCGUGGGUCGUCGAGCGCCUUGACCGGAGUAGAAGCAGCUCACCGUCAACCAAAUCAUGGUUCGGCUCAUGAGAUGGAGAGUCUGCCUCCCUACCAAACCCACGAAGAUAACGAUGCAGAACUUUAUGAUAAUGACGCUACUAUGAACGACAACCACCCCAUUCAAGACAGCAUCGAGGAUGACGAGGCCAUUGGGAUGGAAGAGGAUGGUCUGAACAUCAACAACGUCAAAUCUUACAACCAGCUUAAAGGCAUAGAUAGUGUGAUGCCGGCAACAUGGAAUUUCAAUGGCUUAGGAAAUACCCGAGGGAAAGUCAUUGGUGAUGGAGCGAGUUCGGAUGAGAUGGAUGAUGGUCGCAGCGAUCGUGGUCAGUGCAACUCUUCGGCAAGCUCAGGUUCGAGAGCUGGUCGCUUGGUGGAAUUUGAAAACGCCAGUCCUGAUGAGUCUUACAUCGAUGAAAACCACGUCCCCGAUAUGGACGAGGAACAACAACUUGGCAUCAUGGGUCUCCAUGAAGAUUUACUGGCUAGACGGGGCCCGGAAUUCAACGUGAACCACAGCCUUGAUGGAGAGGAAGUUGAAGAACCUGCUACUGAGAUUCACGUUGAGGAAGGUGAAGGCUUGAAGAUGGACUGAAUUACGAACUACGAACAGAAGCUUGUGUUUUUAGACACCGAAACAAAAUAAGAAGAAGACGAAAAGGAAGCAUGGGUGGUGUUGGACGUGUGCAUGGCUGGGAGUUGAUUUGAUCUUCUGUCCUUCGUAUUUGACAGAGAAGAGUGAAAACUUCGGACUCUUUAAAGCCAGCCUUUGAAGUCCGAGGGAGGGGUGGUUUUUACGGAUGAUUGUACUUCGGGUAUACCUUACGUUUGCCAAAAUAUGCAUAACGAGAGAAAGAGGAUAUUGUGUGGCAUAAAAGAUACAACGUUUCAAGUUUCACUUGGGUCGC